GUGUGAUGCCAGUACUUACCUGGAGGUAAAAGAGGGUCGAGACAACACGUUGGUCUGUACAGGGCUGACAGCACAACCAAACGUCUUCUGGCUGUGGAGAUCACAGCUAUUAUCUACUUGUGAUUCGACAAUCUGCGUCAGCGACAGGUACCUUCAACUCUUCCAUAUCAGCAGAGCUUCACCGACAUCAAGUAACAUCACAGUCAAUGUCACCGCCUUCCCCAGUUUAGAUAAUUUAGCUACAACUAACCUGUCCUGCCAGCAGACGUCAAGGGUGACUUGUCAGCUGGAUGUAGUAUACCCUGCUGAAGAUCCCAAGUGUCAAAUUGAGUUUAGUGGAGACACAUGGGAGGUAACUGGUUGGUGCAAUGUUUCCAAGGCCCGGUCAAGGAGAGACAGAUAUUUGUGUUAUGUAUACCAGACAUCACAUCAGUCUACUUCCUUGGUGGGAAAUUUCACGAUGUCUGUGAACCCUAUUUUAGGAACUAAUUAUUCUAAUGGUGACUGUCAAAUUAAGAUUGCUCUUCCUGCAGAAGGGAAAUACAAUUACAGUGUCAUCAUUAUACCUGGUGAGGUAACGGUGCUACCUUCCUUUCUUGGAAAUAACGAAAUACGUCGUCCAUCUGAGCCUCCUCAACACAACUGCCCGCUAUAUGUAACAGAGGGUGAGGACAUAGACUGUCUUUGUUCCACCGAUAACCUGGGACUUCCAUCUGGUUCUGUUGCCUGGAGAGGCACCGACUCUUUGAGGUUUGCGAUCGACAAAGUAAACAGGACAUACAGUGGGACAAAUAAUACUUGUAUCUUGAUGUGGAACAAAACUGUUGUACAAAGUACACUGUACACAGUAACAGUAAACUAUGCAUCCCGAGUGCUCAGUUUUAAGAUUGAUAACAAAGCAGACGACAUUGUAAAUGUCAGUGACAACGCAAACGUCUCAACUGUUUGUCAAGCUGAAGGAAGACCGUUGCCGACAUUACGUUUGUUUACCAGGAGCAGCGACAACCAAGAUGUUGAACUGACUGCAGUUAUUAAUGGCCUGGAACUUCAAUAUACUAUGUCAGUGAAGUGUGGAACAACAGCAACUUACUCUUGUAAAUCAGAAAAUGAAGUCUCUGAAGAUCAAAGGCGCAUUCUACUUACAGUUUCUUGUGCUCCAAGGCAAACAACUCAAGACAUUUAUUCAGCGACGUUCAACGGUGGGGAGGCGAGACUGGAGUUUAAAAUCAUUGCUUACCCACCGCCUGAUGACCUGUCUGUAUUUUACAUAGGAUCGUCACUGAAUGAUAACACCUUAAGAAAGGUGGAAUAUAAGAAUACUUUGAAGUUUGAGUGUACCUCUGACGGCGUGUACAGGUAUAUGGUUACAUGCACAGUGACUCUCCUCAAUGAAACGAUAUUCAGUACCGGAGUUUACCAUGCUGUUUUCAGCAAUAGUCUUGGAAAUAUUUCACUGACAUUUGAGAUCAAGGAACAGUUACACACAACAGGACAAUCAAAGCCAGAAGUAGCCGGGCAGGUCGCUGGUGGAGUUAUCGGUGCUGUCGUUGCCAUCGUGCUGACUGCCAGUAUUGCCAUCUUUGUUAUUAGAAGAAAAAGAAUGAGAAAUGACAGAGGCUCACGGACGACGAACCCUGUGAUGACUUCAACAACGGACCCUCAGAAUAGUUUAGAAACAUUAUAUAGCCAGCUACAAAGGGAAGAUGUUAACAGUCCUUCUGUUUACCAAUCACUAGGACAUCAGCAGACAUCAAGCAACAUUACAAAUCAUGAAGAUGAAGGAAAUUCACACGUAUAUGAAGUUCCGAUUGAUUUGCAAGAAAAUACGAGAGAAACUCAUCACAAAGAGACAAUCUACCAAAACAACACACUUUUCUAAAGGGAUUUUUUUACUGUUUUGUGAUUUCGUUGAUAUAGAAUCACACAGUACCACA